GAGUAAAGACCACAGAGUCUUUGAGUCUUGCUGGUGCAGAUAAACUGGUCUGAGGAAGCCGAGGAACCAAAUCCAGUGGCACAGUUCAGGCCUUGGCCAUAAUGUCUAUUGCGUAUCGAGAGCCCAUCUCUGCCACAGUGGGAAAACGCAUGAUUUUUACAGGCCCAGAUUAUAAAAAGGAUUAUCUACCUAGACUUCAGCAGCACACCUCAUACGUAGGAGAAUUGCGUCCGGCGUUAGAGAAAUCUGGAGACCUCGGCUACUUGUGGAGGCCGGCCUCAUGCGGCAGCUUGCCAGCCAAAUACAAGCACAUGUAUGUUGGUGAAGUCGGCUGGGGAAUACCAGAGCAUGAUUUUAUCAACAAAACGAGGCGCGAGAGUGGCUUUCACAUCAAGCAUAAAGAACAAAGACGAGCUGCUAGUGAAGCAAUAAGCCACAGAUACCAAAACCCAUGGCAACCCAAACCUUCUAUUAUGGACGUGCUAGGAAAAUUCAGCCGGGGUCAGUUCGCCUGGAAUAUGGGUGAUUUUGAGAACACCGACCGGAGAGAUUCCAGAGGGGCCACCCUCGUCAGACAGGCCAAGGCAGCACUGCCUGGAGCCUCCAGACCACCGAAGCCGCCCACGCCGUCGAAAGAGGAGGAGGUAUGAGCAUUUGCUUUUAUGACGCAUCAUAGAAGACAUCAGGCUC